AUGGAUCUUCAAGUGCCCUGCCUGAGUGGCGUGGACUACGUGGCAACCGAGCGCAAGAAGAUGGCAGGAGACGUUGUGAAGUUUGCCGUCAACAUCUACGUACACGGUGUCAAGACAAAACCCAUUCGCAGUGUGAGCAAGUUCCUACCCUUCGUUGCCGAGAUGUGUCCCCAGGCCACUUUGUCCGACUCGCAGCGGCACGAUCUCAUAGCCCGCGUGCUCUUCGAGUCCGCAACCAAGUUCGGAGGAUUAGCUUUUAAGGCGCUUCAGUACGUGUCUCUGAGGACGGACAUCCCAUCUGGCUAUCGCCGCCACUUCUGUAAGGCGCUGGAAGAAGCAAGCUUUAUCAGUGAUCCGGAUGACAUCAAGCAGGCGCUGUCGUCCGUGGACUCGUCAUUGGGUGACCUGUCGGUCGGCGAGGUGUUGAAAUCAGGAAGCAUGGCUUCAGUCCAUGAAGCGUGGCUUGAUGGCAAGCCUGCGGUGUGCAAGCUGCUCCACCAGAAGGUGUGUCAGACCUACAAAGACGACCUUGACAUAAUGGUGCACAUUGCCAAAGAAGUGAACAAGGAGGAGCUGGCAAGAGGCAUAUAUCCAUUGUUGUCUGGGUUGGCCGAGAAGUUGGAGACUGUGCUGUCAGGGGAGACAGACAUGAGGAAGGAGGCGAAGAACCAAGGCUUUGUACGGCAGCACUUCGCGGGUUCGAGCAUUGUUGUGCCGGAGGUCUAUGAAAGCACGGAGCAAGUGCUUCUCAUGGAGAAGCUGGAUGGCAUUACCGGCUACGAAGCUGAGCAAAAAUGGGCAGAGGGCAAGGUGGUGGAUGUCUUCGGCCAGGAUCAACGUGUGCUCCUGUACUCGGCUUGGGGAGCCAUGCUGGCUGGAGAAACCUUGGUCCAUGCAGAUGCUCACCCGGGAAACUUCAUGGCAUGGGAACGUGGAGCGGUGGCUUUGCUCGACUUUGGCCAAUGCUUCGCCAGCAGCGAUGCGCAGGUUGAGACGAGCAAAGCGGUCACCGCUGCCCGCAUUCUCUUUUUGGGCAUGGAGGGUAAGAUGUUUGCGGACAUCGGCUCCAUUGACCCCGAGGUGUCGGCCUCCGGUGGGCGUCAAAAAGUGGGGCUGAGUGACAAAUGCGAUCACCAUCGGGUGCUGAAGACCUUCAAGCAAGUGGCCAAGGCAGGCUUGCAGGGCCAGGGCACGGUCACCUUCACGCCCGACUGCCUCAUGCUGGAGUUCCCCGGCACCAACGAAGCCACGAAGGCGGCCGCAGAUGAACUGUGA